UUGGCUUAACGUUGCAGUGGAAAGUCUAGCAGAGAUUUAGUGCUUGGUCUGUGAAAGUGAUUUAAAGUAGUUUAAGAUGCAUAACCAGUUGUACAGACUGUGUCAUGCUUUGAGGAUGAGGCAGAAUGUCACAAAACUGCAAUACUUGAGACAAAUGACUCGAUCUUUGGCAACGAUUCCAGAGCUUUUCCCCAAUAAAACUGAUUUUCCCACGCGUCACAUCGGUCCGCGCAAAACCGAUGUCGUGAUGAUGCUGGAACUUUUGGGAUUGAAGUCACUUGAUGAGUUGUCAGAGAAGGCAGUUCCUCGUGAGAUUCAGCUCAAUCGUCCCUUGAUUAUAGAAGAUCCACUCAAUGAACACGAGCUGAUCGACAGAAUUCGCAGCAUAGCAAAAACUAAUGAAAUUUGGCGCUCCUAUAUCGGACUGGGUUAUCACAAUUGCUAUGUUCCGCACACCAUUCAGCGGAAUGUAUUUGAAAAUCCUGGCUGGACCACACAAUACACGCCGUAUCAGCCAGAAGUGGCCCAAGGGCGUCUCGAGUCUCUACUUAACUAUCAAACUAUGGUCUCUGAUCUGACCGGUCUCGAAGUGGCGAAUGCAUCUCUACUAGAUGAAGGCACAGCAGCGGCCGAAGCCAUGAGUCUCUGCUUGAGGCACAACAAGCGCAUGAAGAUUUACCUCUCGGAGCGUCUUCAUCCCCAAACCAUCUCAGUGGUGAAGACCAGAGCUUCAGCCUUUGACCAGGAGGUUAUUGUGGGUCCACUGAGUGAGAUUGACCUCACUAAGAGAGACAUUUCGGGUGUUCUGCUGCAAUAUCCUGACACUUAUGGCGAUGUGCAAGACUUUGCCAAGCUUUCAGCCACAGCUAAAGCCAAUGGAACACUUGUCGUUGUCGCUACGGAUCUAAUGGCUUUGACUCUUCUUCGACCGCCAGCAGAAUUCGGCGCCGACAUUGCCGUCGGCACGUCUCAACGUCUUGGAGUUCCUCUCGGCUACGGUGGUCCUCAUGCUGGAUUCUUCGCCUGCAAGCAAACUCUAGUUCGGCUGAUGCCUGGUCGCAUGAUUGGCGUUACACGUGACAUGGACGGUCAUGAUGCCUAUCGCUUAGCACUGCAGACACGCGAGCAACACAUCCGCAGAGACAAAGCCACCAGCAACAUCUGCACAGCCCAAGCACUUCUGGCUAACAUGUCAGCCAUGUACGCUAUCUACCACGGACCAGAAGGCCUCAAGGAGAUAGCGAAUAAGAUACACAACGGCGCCAUCACGCUCUACGAGGGCAUUUUGGCGGCAGGACACAAGAUCACGAAUAACUACUACUUCGAUACUCUUCACGUGAUUCCCAACUUCGGUGCGGAUGAGAUUAGAUCUCGCGCUGAGAGCAAGAAGAUCAACCUGAGGUACUUUGAUGACGGAUCUGUGAGCAUAGCUCUCGAUGAGACAAUCAAAACACAAGAUCUUGAGGAUCUCCUGUGGAUCUUCAAAGGGCAAUCUGUAGCUGAAGUGGUGGCGAAACCGAACAUCUUCGAGAACUCCAUUCACAACUCACCAUUCAAGAGGACCUCACCGUUCCUCAUGCAUCCUGUCUUCAACAAGCAUCACAGCGAGUCCAGGAUGGUGCGCUAUAUGAAGCAACUGGAAAAUAAGGACAUCUCCCUCGUUCACUCUAUGAUUCCUCUGGGAUCGUGUACAAUGAAGUUGAACUCCACGACAGAAAUGAUCCCAUGCUCCUUCAGGCACUUUACAGAAAUCCAUCCAUUUGCACCAGUAGAACAGGCGAAAGGCUACCACAAGAUGUUCGAGGAACUGGAGAAGGAUCUCUGUGAAAUCACAGGAUACGACAAGAUCUCCUUCCAGCCCAAUUCCGGCGCCCAGGGCGAAUACGCCGGCCUGCGUGCGAUCAGAAGCUAUCACGAAUCAAAGGGCGAUCAUCAUCGCAACAUUUGCCUGAUUCCCAUCAGCGCUCAUGGAACCAAUCCAGCUUCUGCCCAAAUGGCCGGGAUGAAAGUCCAGGCCAUCAAGGUGCGAAAUGACGGGAGUAUCGACAUGGUGCAUCUCAAGGAGAAAUUGCAGCAGCACAACGACAACCUGUCCUGUCUCAUGAUCACCUAUCCUAGCACAAAUGGAGUGUUUGAGGAGACUGUCCACGAUAUCUGCCGCAUGGUGCACAAUUACGGAGGACAGGUGUACUUAGAUGGCGCCAACAUGAACGCUCAGGUUGGCUUGUGUCGUCCUGGAGACUAUGGAAGUGACGUUUCUCAUCUGAAUCUGCACAAAACCUUCUGCAUUCCUCACGGCGGUGGCGGUCCAGGAAUGGGACCAAUUGGUGUGAAGAAGCACUUGGCUCCAUUCCUUCCCAGUCACCCAAUCAUCGAUCCUCUCGGCUAUCUUGGCUCUGAGAAUCAGAGUUUCGGUACAGUCAGUGCCGCUCCUUAUGGCAGUUCGGCAAUUCUUCCCAUCUCCUGGUCAUACAUCAAGCUCAUGGGCGGUAAGGGACUGAAGAGAGCAACACAAGUGGCCAUUCUCAAUGCCAAUUACAUGUCGAAGAGACUCGAGAAACACUACAAGACUCUGUAUAAGGAUCCCAGGAGCCAAUUGGUGGCCCAUGAGUUCAUCCUCGAUAUCCGGGAUCUGAAGAGGACGGCAGACAUUGAGGCUGUCGACAUUGCGAAGCGUCUCAUGGAUUAUGGCUUCCAUGCACCAACGAUGUCCUGGCCAGUGGCGGGAACUCUCAUGAUUGAGCCCACAGAGUCUGAGGACAGAGAGGAGUUGGAUCGGUUCUGCGAGGCCAUGAUUGGCAUUCGAGCGGAGAUUCAAGAGAUUGAGGAGGGGCGCAUGGACAAGAGGAACAAUCCCUUGAAGAAUGCUCCUCACACCCAACGUCAAGUCAUUGCCAGCGAGUGGAAUCGUCCGUACUCUCGAGAACAGGCCGCCUUCCCAAUUCCCCUCGUGAGGCCGGACUGUAAGAUCUGGCCAACAGUUGGCCGAAUCGACGACGCCUAUGGAGACAAGCACCUCGUGUGCACUUGCCCGCCCAUGUUGCCCGACUAUUAAAAU